AUGGCCGAUAUACCGGAACCAGAUUUAUAUAUUGAUUAUAGGGUAUUUUUAUCAAAUAAUUUUGAUCCAAAGGAAUACGCUAAUUCUGCAAUUAAUGCGACAUCGGAUGGGGAUGGAGAUAUCACCAUAUCGCUUGCAAAGUUAUCAUUUAGUAUAGAUAAUUUAAAUAAACAAUUACAUGAUCAGGUUACCUCUCAUUUUGAGGAUUUGAUAUCACAAGCUGCUGGAACAAGAGAUUUGGAAGUUGUGUUGAAUACCGUUAAAGAUGGAAUUCAAUCACUUAACACAUCGUUAGACAGACUUAAAACAAAAAUAUUCGCGCCUUACGCGCAGAUAAAGAAUUAUACUGUUCAAUUGGAAAGAUUACAAGCUGCAUCAGAAUUAUUACGUAAUGUCGAAAGAUUCUUUUAUUUAUCAAGAUGUUUAGAAGGUCAAUUGUCUAAUAUCGAUAAUGAAAAGGAAAAAGGAAUUGAAUAUACAAAGGCUGCUUUGAACCUUGGUGAAUUAGAGAUUCUUUUACGAGAUGUAAAUUUUGAUGGAAUUGAACCCGUUCAAGAUCAAUUACCAGUAAUCCAUCAAGCCAGAAACAAUAUAACUAGAGAAGCACAGCGAUUAUUAGAUGAUGGAAUAAAUAAACAGAAUGGAGCAGAUAUCUCUCUUGGUCUCCAAAUUUUUCAUAAUCUCCAUGAAAUGGGAGAAUAUGUUUCCAAAUAUAUUGAUGACAUAUCUAGAAAGUUACUGGAUCAGAUGAAAAAUGCUGUUGAUGUAACAUCAUUACAAAAAGAAGUUAAAGAUUCUGGUGUUAUUCCAAUAAAAGGGAUUCGCCGGUUGGGAUUAGAACCAUCAACUGGAACAACAACAUUAUGGGCCACAGCAUUGUGGAAACGUAUGGAAGCAUUGAUGGAUGAAAUUGGUGAAAGCUGUAGUAAGAUUUACAUGUUAGAACGUGCGUUGGCUAGCGAAAAAGAUACAAUAACUCAUAGCACAUAUUUAGAUGAAGUUUCUAAGAUAUUAGAUGGGGGAUUGGUUCAACAUUUUUGGAAAAUUCUUUCUUUAAAUUUUGAAAAAGAACUAAAAGAAGCCACCAAAGGAUCAACUUUUUUACAACAAACAUUUGUCGGUGGAUAUCCGAAGCUAUUAAGGUUAUUCCAUGAGUUUUUUGCGAAACUUGAAAAACGUUGUGAUCUAAAGUUGGAUGUUAUGCUUCAUAGUAUAUCGAGUUUUGAAGCAGGUUACUUGGCGCGUUCAGUGACGAGAAUGUUUGAUCCAAUUAAUAUGGCAUUUCCCACUGGGUUAUCUCGUGCUCCCCCAACUAAAAGUGACGUUACAAAUAUCAUAAGAGCUAUUUCCAGUGAAUUGGAAGUAGCCAAACUUGAUUCAAAUUUGUUACGAUCAGUGGCAAAGAAUGUUGUUAAAGCUUUGAAUUUGUAUUGUGUCAAGUCUGAAUCUAUGGUUACAGUUGAUGCAACAGCAUAUCAAAUAUUUGGACCUGGUCCAGCCACCGCCUCACAAAUUAUAAAUCUUGAACUUGUUACGACUUUGUAUCAAUUACAUCAAUCAGUUUGGAAAAUAUUAGAAGAAUACCCUGAUGCUGUUACUGAAAUAAUAUUUGAUGCUGUUGAGCAUACAAGGAAAGUAAUGCUUAAUAUAGUUGAUCCAUUGAUACAGCAUAUUAAAAAGGAGUUAGAAAAUACAUUACUUAAAAUUCAUCGGGAAGAUUUUUCAAGGCAAUCAUCAAAAAGUUUUAUACUUGGGCAACAAUCUGAAGGACAAUGUAGCACAUAUAUGAUUGAACUCUCAAAUAGAAUCAAACAUAUACAAAAUCAAUAUUUAUCAAGAAUUUCUUGUGGAUUAGAAAGUAAAGAAUGGAUUAAAGGAUUGGGGAAAAGAAUACUUAGUUUUUGGUUACUUCAUGCUAGUUUUGUACGACCAUUGAGCGAAACAGGAAAAUUGAAAUUGAUAAGUGAUAUGUCACAAUUGGAAUAUUCUCUAAAUCAAUUGCUUAUUGAUAAUGGACUAACUUUAGCAGAUUUAGAUGAAGAAUAUAAAGCACUAAAAUCUUUUAGACAAUUAUUAUUUUUAGAUAAUUCUCAAUUAACGGCAGCACACCAUACAGCAUCACUUCCACUUAUAAUAUUAAUUCAUCAUAUUAUUGUUCGUUCAUCUUCAAAUAAUAAUAAUUUGAGCAUAUUACAAUUACCACAUAAAAUUUAUGGAUGGUCGGAACUAGAAUACUCUAAGUGGCUUGAUGAACAUAAUGAAGAUGAGGCUAUUGAGUUAAUUAAAGGAUGUUUAAGACCAAGUGCAGAAUUAGAAACAAAUAAAGAGGAGGAAUUAGUUGAGGAAAAAAUGGUUAGAAAUUUAUUAAAAGAAAGAGCUGGAAUUGAAGUUUAA